AUAAUCACGGAUCUAUUUAACUGAUUUUAUUUUAUGACGUUAUAAUUUGUGUUGUCUCAAACUCCCAAUUACGUUCAAUUAAUUGAAUGCGUUCAAAUUGUUUAAAAAAUUGAAAAAGUUUCUGCGCGCACUACAGCAAAAUGGAUUUUAAGUUAUUCAAAUCUUCCCAUCAUUUAUUAGAUCCUUCACGUGUUUUGAAGAAUAACGUUUAUUUUCCCAACAUGUGUCACGUUUGUCGCUGUUUCGGCGAAAAAGCAGUGAAUCUAAAACGUUGUGGUGCUUGUGGAAUACUUUCAUACUGUGGUCCAGAGCACCAAAAACAAGACUGGCCUUCUCAUAAACAAUUUUGUAAAGCAGUAUCUAAACUUAAAAAGAAUUGGAAUGUCAGCAGUAUAUUUGAACAUCUAAAAAGUUCAAUGGCCAAAAUGCCUUUAAAAAAUAUUGAAAAUGUUCCCGAUAAAUUGAAUUAUUAUAAUUCAAUGUUUAGUUUACAAGAAUGUUUAAAAACAGCAAUUUCUUUAACACUUCAACGUGAUUUAGAGGAAAUUGAAAAACAAAUGAUUUCAUUUCCUAGAGUUUGUGCCGUUUGUUUUGAAGCUAAAUCGGAACUUUUGAUAAAUUGCAAAAAAUGUCCACAAGCGAGUUUCUGCAAGGAACAUGUGAAUGAUCCAAAUCACGAGAGUGAAUGCAUUAAAAUCUUAUCGUUCUUUACAACAAUCAGGAACAGUAUUAUGCCUAAUGAUAUAAAAAAUUGUUUAAAUUCUACCUAUCAACCAAAAAUUAAGAAAUUACCCUCGACAACAUUACAAUAUAUCGAAACACGUUUACUAGCAGAUUUAAGAAAUAAAAAUAAAUUUUCUAAAGAAUUAGAAUUUCUUUGUACUUCGUAUUUAUCAGAAUUUGCAUCACGACAACUUACAUUAAUUACGAUCAUUGAAAAAUUGAAACUUAAUGCAAAAAAGUCAUUGGUAAUUCAUUUAAUUGGAGCAAAUAUCGAGGAACAAUUGAUCUACGACUGGGAAAUGAUAUUACACUAUUUACCGGAAAUAAGUGAACUUAAUUUGAUUUUCAUUGGACCGGAAAUAAUGUCCGAGACUAAAAAGAAGAAUGUUUGUAAACAAUGUAAUAAAAAUAAACGAAAAUUACUAAUUGAGCCAAAGAAAAUUUUAUAUGAUAAAUACAUCAGCGAUGUGACUUUCAAGAAACCUGAUAUCAUUGCUUGUUUCAAUGCUGGUUUUCAUCUUUUUUCUGAUUGGAAUAGUACAAUUCCAAUUUUUAAUAAAGCACAAUGCCCGUUAUUAAUAACGGCAGUAAGCAAACCUGAAGGAUUAAUAAACAAAGAUAUUAUUGAUCAAACAUUCCCAUUGGCAAAAUGUAUUUAUAAUGAUUACAAUCCAUAUACAAGUCAUUUUUAUCUUCGAAGAAAUGUUAUUGUUCCUGUUGAAUGUAAAAAUCAAUUCAUGAUUCUCUACGAAUAUCUUGAGACGAAAACUGAAUUCAAUUGAUAUGUUUGUUUAUCAACAAUUGUCUCUCAUUAUAUAUUGAAGAUUUAUAUGCAAUCUUCAAUUAUGACAAUUGAAAACAGUGACUUGAGAACUUUUGGAAAUAUUCUUUCAAGAGUAAACUUUUUUUAGAAGUAAUGGAUUCAUUAAUUUUUCAAUAUUUUGUUUCGCAUCAGCCUUUAAAAGGUUUAAAAACGUUUUACCAUUCGUUAACUGUUGUAUUAUCAAAAAAAAACUUUACCGUUUACUAUUGUUAAUAACGCUAAUGUAUAACAUAAAAAAAAUUUUAUUUCAAAGAAAUAAUUGUUAUUUUCAUGUGUCAAUUUAAUUUGUUGACAAACUGUAGACUUACAAUACAAAUAAAAAUUUUCUAAUAAUAAA